AUGUCAACACAAAACGCCGCGAAUCACAAUUCAAUCAAUCGUUUCGUUGUUUAUUGUUUAAGUUUAAUAAAAAAAAUAUACAUAGAAUAUCAUUAUAGAAAAAUGGAUGAUCAAGUGUGCCCAAAAUGUAAAACCUCCAAAUAUCGAAACCCAUCGCUAAAAUUGAUGGUUAACGUUUGCGGUCACUCAUUAUGCGAAAGUUGCGUUGAAUUACUCUUUGUUAAAGGUUCUGGAUCAUGCCCCGAAUGCGAUGUUCCGUUGCGUCGAAAUAAUUUCCGUGUUCAGAUGUUUGAAAAUCCCAUGGUCGAAAAAGAAGUGGACAUUCGACGACGUAUUCUGAGGGACUACAACAAAAAAGAAGAAGAUUUUGCAACGACUCGCGAGUACGAUGAUUACUUGGAAGAAAUCGAAACGAUUAUUUACAAUUUAUGCAACAACAUCGAUAUCAUCAACACAAACAAGCGCAUCGAACAGUACAAGCGGGAAAAUCGUGAAGUAAUCAAUAAGAAUAAAACGCGUUUGGGCCGUGAAGAAUAUGAAUUAGAAUUGGAAUUGGAACGUGAAAAAGAGGAAGAUGAUCAGCGACGCAUCGAACGGGAAACCAUUGAAAAUGAAGCCAAAAAGAAGAAAUUGAAAGAAAAAGAGGCGCUAAUCGAUGAAUUGAUGUUCAGUUACGAGGAUGCGUCCAGCAUUGUCAAAGGUUAUGCGGAAAAUGUGGAAAAAUUACGCGAAGAAGAAAAGACGUUACCGGUUAUUAAGAAACAAAGCGAAUUCUCGACCGGUGUGAAAUUCGGUCAACAAUCACAUUUCUUACCUGUACCAAAAAUCGAAGAAGGUCCCCUAUUUUCGUAUGAACAGCCAGUCAUGGUCGUUGACGGUCCAAUUGCGCCCGAUAUGAUUGAGAUUGAAUGCAAAGGAUACACACGCCAUGUCAGAGCCGAAGCGCCUCCCGAACGUGCUGGUGGCUUCAAAUGCGCUUUGGCAUGUCAACGCGCACUUCAAGAAGCAAUGCAAGGCCUAUUCCAUUCGAGUAACUCAUAAGAAUACACAAACGUUUGCAACGAUACUAAGCAGCUGACUCGACUGUUUGUUUGUUUUUCUGUUAUGAAAUAAGAGAAUUUUGUGAUAAUACGAAAAAGGUUAAAAUUACCCAAUUUAAACGAUUAAAACAAUGCCAACUCUA